AAUGAUUGGCCUUUGACUGCUGGGCCUCAAGUUCUUUAUAUAGCAGGGCCAUCACUUCCUCUAAAACCAUACCCAUUCAGCUUCUCUUUGAACCAUUUCUUCUUCAACAAUAUUUUCUCCGUCUCUGUUUCCACAGCUCUAUAGGCUCAACUUCAACGCUUUUCAGAAUGGGAAGUACUGGUGAAGCCAAAUAUGGUGCAUACACCUAUGAGAACCUUGAGAGGGAACCAUACUGGCCAUCAGAGAAGCUCCGAAUUUCUAUUACUGGAGCAGGUGGUUUUAUUGCCUCCCACAUUGCCCGGCGCUUGAAGAGCGAGGGUCACUACAUUAUUGCUUCUGAUUGGAAGAAGAAUGAGCACAUGACUGAAGACAUGUUCUGUCAUGAAUUCCACCUUGUGGACUUGAGGGUCAUGGAUAAUUGCUUGAAGGUCACUAAUGGAGUUGACCAUGUGUUCAAUCUUGCUGCUGAUAUGGGUGGCAUGGGGUUCAUUCAGUCCAACCACUCAGUUAUCAUGUAUAACAAUACAAUGAUCAGUUUCAACAUGCUUGAGGCUGGCAGGAUUAAUGGUGUUAAGAGGUUUUUCUAUGCCUCUAGUGCUUGUAUCUAUCCUGAAUUUAAGCAGCUGGAAACUAAUGUGAGCCUAAAGGAGUCUGAUGCCUGGCCUGCUGAGCCUCAAGAUGCUUAUGGCUUAGAGAAGCUUGCAACAGAGGAGUUGUGCAAGCACUACACCAAAGAUUUUGGUAUUGAGUGCCGUGUUGGAAGAUUCCAUAACAUUUAUGGUCCUUUUGGAACAUGGAAAGGUGGGAGGGAGAAGGCUCCAGCUGCUUUUUGUAGAAAGGCUCAAACUUCCACCGAUAAGUUUGAGAUGUGGGGGGAUGGACUUCAGACCAGAUCAUUCACCUUCAUUGAUGAAUGUGUAGAAGGUGUUCUUAGAUUGACGAAGUCAGACUUCCGCGAGCCAGUGAACAUUGGAAGUGAUGAGAUGGUUAGCAUGAAUGAAAUGGCUGAAAUUGUGCUUAGCUUUGAGAACAAGCAGCUCCCUAUCCACCACAUUCCUGGCCCAGAGGGAGUCCGGGGUCGUAACUCAGACAACACACUCAUCAAAGAGAAACUUGGUUGGGCUCCUACCAUGAAGUUGAAGGAUGGGCUGAGAUUUACAUACUUCUGGAUCAAGGAGCAGAUUGAGAAAGAGAAGGCUCAAGGUGUUGACUUGUCAACUUAUGGGUCAUCUAAGGUGGUUGGAACUCAGGCUCCAGUUCAGCUAGGCUCACUUCGUGCUGCUGAUGGCAAAGAAUGAGGUGGUUGAAGCCAGAUAGCUCAAUGGCAAAGAAUGAGAUAGUUGAAGCCAGAUAGCUCAAUAAAUUGCACCGAUGAAGUCCCAAGUUUUAUUAAGGUUUGGUUAUUAUGUUUCAUUGCAUAGGAAGGUAUUUAUGGUAAUCGAAACUUGCCAUGUUGAGCUGUUAUUAUUUAGAGAUAUCAUGUUUGUAGUAUUUUGUUUUGUUUAAGGAAGCUUUCAUGCUCCCAAGGUAUGUGAUCUAGUUUUUCAGACAACCUGCUAUUGUAGGAUGUCUUGAUCCAUAUUUAUUUUGUGGUUAUGAGAUAAAUUUGUGGUUAAAUCUUGUAAUAUUUCGUGAA